UAGGUUGCCAACUACUUCCAGACACAAAUGCGGGAAUACCUCACUGACCAUUCUACUCGCCCUGGCAGAGCUGGUUUGGAUGUUUUCUAGAGCGACUGUAAAAGUGUUGCUGGCAACAAUUGAAUGACGUUUUUUUUGCCCACGUUUACUGCGCGUUUGUACAUAUUAUUCUGCGCCCUGGUACUCAGACGAGAGUGCUCUGAAAUCGGAGUAGUUAGUGAAUUUUACGAACGCACCUAGUGUGGCUACCUCACGUGCCUGUUAACAAACACGUAUUUAUGUUUUAUUAUGACAUCCCAAUAGAAUGAUAUAGAUCACUACAGGAUAUUGUCAUACGCGUGGCAGAAACCUAUUGAAAAGCGACGAUAAAACACAAAUGUCGUACAGCAAAAGACAGGGCAGUAUGCAGCCAGCGGAUACAGAGCAGCCAACGACGUUGACUCUGCAAGAACAGCGACUCCGCAUACAACAAUUAGAGCGGCAGGCCCAGGCAGAGUACAGUGCUGCCAAGGAGAUUUUAGAGAAUGAUCAGAAAGCCCCACAUGGUGGAAGGACCCUGAGCAGGUUACUGUCCAAGCCAGGACUGUCAAUGGAGAGCAUUGUGGAGCGGGAGAAGCGUAGGCGGUGUACUCUGAUAGAGCAGCACAACGGGUUGCAGUGUUCUGUGAGGGCCAAGGGGUCUCAGCUGCUGGAGAUGGAGCAGGCCAUGAAAGCCCUGGAGCUGGACUCCAAUACGGACGGAGACGAGCAGCACUACGACCAGCGUGUGAGAGAGCUGGAGAACAGUCUAGAAAAGAUGACCAUCAAAAUCACAGAGGCUGAGAGGAUCCAAAAAACCUACCUGCGAGUCUGCGACCACCUACAUCGGGAGGUGCGUGAGAUGCCCAUGGCUCUGGAUCAGCUGCAGAACUCAGUGGUCAGCGGGCAGACAGAGCUGGGAAAGGUGGCCCACAUGUCUCACACCGCAGUGGCUGCUGUGGACUGCACUAAGCUGGUUCAGAUGGAGAGGCAGCUAAUGGUGGAACGCAGGAUGAUGGAGAAGGAGUUGAGUGAAAGGAGGGGAGUGAAAGAGAAGGAGGUGGAGGGUCGGCUGGAGAGAGAGAGGGAGGGAGAGCGACGAAGCAGCAAAGGAGCUCAGAAGUUGAAAGAGCAGGUUCGAAGAGGGACUAUCAGAGAGGGACUGGCUGAAGAGUCUGCUCAUAUCAGAGCCCAGCAGACCGCCCCGGUCUCCACUACUCCCCAGUCCAUAGUCAAACUGGUGGAGGAUAUUGAUACUCUGAGAGAAGCUCUCAGCUGCACUGAUCUGCAGGAGCUGGAAACACGGCUGGUCUCUCAGAAGGCCAUCAGGGAGCAGCUGCACAGCCAAAUGACCCAGUGUGAGGAGCUGGUCAGACAGAGCAUGGAGACCUUUGCUGCCUUGGAGCUCCAGUACGCCCAGCUCAAGUUCAGCGCUGGGCCCAGCUCUGACAGGUUUGAGCGGCUGAAGGAGGAAAUGCAGGCGGAGCUUGAGCAGGAAGAGGAGCGUUGCAGCCAUUGGGAGGACAAGCUUGGAAAGGCCCAAUCAGUGCUACAUGGGGUGGAGAAGGGUGUCAACAACCUGUUCUUCAGGAUAAGCUGCGUGCAAGUGAAGGACUCUCCCAGGGAGUUGGGGGGUCUGGAUGCAAUAGAGAAGCUGAGGGAAAUCGGCGCCCAUCUGCCCACACUGCAGACCACAGCUUCAGAGAAGACCGAAGAAAACACAGCUGACCAUGAGAAGGUGUGGAGCUUCCUGGAGCAGAGCACCAUGAUGGAGCCCAGGAACUACAAGAGGGCCAGCAGCCCUGUGUAUGACAGUACCUCAGAAGAUACAUUCCAGUUCCGCGGUCAGGAGGAGGACUGCUCCAUGUCCCGCGAUGAGAUCAAGCGUCGCAGCAUCCAGCUGAUCGAGGUGCACCAGCCAAAGAAGAAAGCCCAGAAGAGCAACACAAAGAGCUAGAGACAAGCUCCAGCUGUGGCCCUCUAUAUCCUACAGGAAGUAAUAAACAGGCUCAUAGUAUGAUUUUACUUUUUUUGUCUACUUUAUACCGGAGUUUGUUACAGCUAUGAUUAAAGUGGAACUGACAGCGUUUUAGCUACAUGAAAUCAUAUUAUAAUCUGUUCAUAUACAUCCCCAGAAAGAAUGACACCUUUCGUGAUAUCCAAAUGGUAGUUAUAGUCUUGUCCCAUCCCUGCAACUCCCAUUUCGGAGAGGCGAAGGUCGAGAGCCAAACGCCCCCCAAAACACGACCCUGCCAAGCAGCACUGCUUCUUGACACACUGCUCACUUAACCCGGAAGCCAGCCGAACCAAUGUGUUGGAGGAAACCCCAUACAGCUGGCGACAGAAGCCAAUGUGCAUGCGCCCGGCCGCCACAAGGAGUCGCUAGAGUGCGAUGGGACAAAGAUAUCCCAGCCGGCCAAACUUCCCCUUACCCGGACGACGCUGGACCAAUUGUGCGCCACCUCAUGGUUCUCACUGUCCCUGGGACACUUUUUUUUCAUUUUUUUUUUUUCAUUUUCUGACAAACAAGCACUUCGAUAUGGUCAUUUUCAUAAAUGUAUAGAAUGUUUGGGAAUUAUGUUUUGUAAGGCUUUUGUGAAAAUUCUAUAGCAAUACAGAGUGGGAAAGACAAUUAAUAGACUGCAGUAAAUAAAACCGAAUAAAAACAUCUGUCUUGUC